AUGACAAUUCCAAACAUCCUACCGCACAAGAAAAUCAGCACCGUUUGGCACUAUUUUGAUGCAGCAGAUGACAACAAGGUCGUCUGUCGGCUGUGUAAGCAGAAACUCACUUAUAACCACUCUACUGGAGUGAUGAGAAACCACAUCCAUAGUAGACACCUCGAUGUAAACCUGCAUGGCGAAGAUGGCGAGGCCGGGCCCAGCGGGCAUGGCGGCGGAGCCAGGCAGACGAGCAUGAGAGCGUUUGUUCCAGACAGGCGCUGUGAUGCUCACCGCACAGCUAGGAUUACACAACUGGUCUGUGAAAUGACUGCCCGGGAUAUACUGCCGCCAGCUUCACACAAACUUUCUUCCCCAAACGUUGUGGCCCUGCCCCCUGCUACGUAUGCGUGCGGGGGGUGGGGAGGAGGAGCAAUUCUUUCCCUGGCUGCUCAGCCUGUUUACAAAGAAGCCGAGGCAGAGGCGUGA